AUGUUAUUGAUAUGUCAGUACAAUUAAUUACAAAAACAAAACAAUUUUCUGGAUAAGGUUGGGUUUAUGAACUUUCAAUUUUUAAUUAUUAAAAAUAGAUAAAAAUGUUUUCUUUCUUACAUAAGUUAUCAAUUGGAGGGGGGAAAAGUCAUGAAUUGACAUCUAAAGACAUGAAUAGAACAGAAGAUAUUUUGAAUAAAAAAAACCCAAAUAUUAUAAAUGACAUAACUGAAUUAAAGGAAAAUGUUUACGAUUUAUUACGAAAUAUAAAAGAUCCAGAAAAACCUCAAACCUUAGAAGAGUUGGAAGUAGUUUAUGAAGAUUGUGUGUAUGUUGAUGAAACUACUCCAAAAGGAGUCAACGUUAUACGUGUAGAAUUUAAUCCUACAGUGCCCCAUUGUUCUCUUGCUACUCUCAUUGGUUUAUGCAUUCGAAUAAAAUUAGAACGAAAUUUAAUAACUUUCCAUAAGCUAGACAUUUAUAUCAAAGAAGGUGCACACGCAACAGAACAAGAAAUAAAUAAACAGAUCAACGAUAAAGAAAGAAUAGCAGCUGCCAUGGAAAAUCCUAAUUUACGAGAUUUAGUUGAAAAAUGUAUUAAAGAGGACUAUUAAAAAUGUUAUUCAAUGUACAUAAUAUAUAUAUAUAUAUAUAUAUAUUAUAAUUAAUUAUAGCAAUUAUUUUUCUCAGAUUUUUUAUAAAUUUUAGUAAGUACGAUAAAAGAAAAAAGUAUUAUAAAUAUAUUAUAAAUUUUUUAUUUA